AUGCAAGAUCCGAACUAUGGACGCUUGAGCUCCCAGCCAGAACCACCUUCCGGACCUCCUCUCGGUCCAAAGGGUUAUGGCAACAACAACAAUCGCAACUUCCCUGGACAGAAUGUACCCAACGGCCGCCCUGCAGAUGCAAGAGAUGUACCACACAACGCCCCUCAGGAACCCAGCAGUAACCGCAACAGACGCCCUCAACAUGACCGCCAGGGCUCACAACAAUCACAAUUUACGGUUCCUCCUCCACCUCCAGGACCCCCGCCAGGAGCCCCUCCACAGACUGUGCAGCCAGAAGUUGUUGGAAUUCACCCCAGUCGUCUUCAAAUUCUCGACAUCGCACCGCAAACUGCAUCUACCCCUACAGGUCCGCGUAUGGGCAUGGCUAAUCCGUCCACUCCAAACACACCUUCUGGACCAUCGGCAGCCACGUCCCGAGCUCCUGCUGGACCUGCGAGUGAUCGCCGCAAUGGCCAAGAUCGCAGAUUCGCUGGGCUGAAUGAUACCUUGCAAAGUUCAAACGCCAACGGUGCAUCCAUAAGGGGACGAGCCGGUGGACGACAAGGACAGGGACCCAACUCCAUGAUGCCCCCAUCCGCAUUGCCCAGUCCUGCUGCUACUCAAUCUCCCGCCAUGCCAUCGCCAGCCAUGAGAAACGAUUUCCCUACUCCGACAGGUUCGUCUAGAGAUCAAGGCGGCAACAGACGUCAUGAUGAUCGCGAACAGAGAGAUUCCAGACGUCAUGGCCGUGAUGGAGGUGAAUCUCGUCACUCUAAUCACGGCAACCAUGGUCACGGUGCAGCCAACCUGCCACCCCCACCACCACCUGCAGAUGAUUACCGCAGUCAUCAGCCCUCUGGCCGCGCACCUAGAUCUUCGCGCGGCGGCAACGACAGAGAUGGAUAUGGUGGAGGUGGCAGAGGUACUGCACCACCCACACCAACACUAUCUUCUGUCGCACAACCGCCUCAAGGCUUUGCACUUCCCCAACAAGGCGAUCCCUCAGGCUACGGCAGCGGCAGAAACCGCGGCUUCGAAGGCGAUGACUAUCAUCGUCGCGAGAGCCGUGGCGAUGGGGGUUCAGGAAGAAGAGACGAUGGCAACGGCGGAGGACACAGACGAGGGAGGAAAUGGUGGCAACGACGACGGAAGACGCAGGGAAAGUGGACAUGGAGGAGGCCAGCAACAAGGAAACAACGAAACACAAGGACAGAACCAAGGACGUUCGGAGAGGAAACGCAGGGGUGA